AUGGCCUUGUCCACCGGGCAUGUUGUUAGCCAGUUACGGCAUCUCAUUUACUACCAACUCGACAAUAACCUAAUUCGCAAUGCGCUCUUCCUUGCUGCGCGACUCCUUGCCUACGAACCACGAUCACAUGAGGCCCAAUAUCUACUCGCCCUUUGCCAUUUACACAACGGAGAAGUGAAGGCGGCCUUUGAAUGCAGCCAAGUUACAGGUUCGCGCGGUCUGCACGCUGGCUGUGCCUAUGUCUUUGCCCAGGCAUGCUUGGAUUUGGGCAAAUACCUGGACGGUGUCACGGCUUUGGAGCGCAGCAAAAACCUUUGGGCCUCCAAGAACCACUGGAACAAACAUAGUGAAACCCAGCGCCAACACCUCCCUGAUGCUGCAGCUGUGUAUUCUCUCCAGGCAAAGCUUUGGCAUGCCCAUAAAGAUUUGACCAAAGCAGUUGACUGUUACGUGGAAGCCCUGAAGCUGAACCCCUUCAUGUGGGAUGCUUUCUUAGGGCUUUGUGAAACGGGUGUCAAUAUUCGAGUCCCGAACAUCUUUCAGCUCAGCCCAGAACUUCUUGCAAUCAUAUCCUCAUCACCAGAGGAAAUAGCUAAUAGGUCAGAUAAUCUGGCUUACGGGGAGGGAAAUCUUCCCGUGCAGCCUCCCGGAAAUCCUGAAUCUGACCCUUUUAUGGUCUCUGCCUCCCGCGGCGAGACGGACGCCACGUUUGGCAGCUCUGCCCUUUGGGAGAAGUUCAAUGGAAGCUCUGCCAAUUUCGCCUCGAUGGCACAGCCUGUUUUUCACGACGGAAUGGAGACUCCAGGCGCACAGAGCAGUGGUUCUGAAGACUUCCGCAUCGCGAAUGGAGUCACUGACCCAGAAGGUGGAUGGGAAGCACCCCUGGCCCCGGCCCGUAAGACACGGACAAUUCAGACAAUGAGCCUUGACCAUACCGGACAGCCUCCACCACGGAUGCGCACAACAGGCAUUAGACCUCGACACAAAACAAGAACUGAACCGGAAGGUCCGCCGACUGCCGCAGUCGACAGAGACACCUCCCUUAUAUCGAGAUUUGGUGACCGCAAGCGCACAGUUUCUGGUCAAGUCGCACACCCUCUUCCUCCAUCACAACCAACUGAACCAGGGGCUCCACAACGCCGGAGCGUUCGUUUGUUCAAUCAAAUAAAACCUACUACCAGCAAGCUUUCAAAUAGCACGCUAACUGGCAAAGACGGCCGCGAAAUGAAGAAGCUAAGAGGCGGCCCCACGAAAGGACGAAUUGGAAGUGUGCCCACUGUCGGACGUGUCGUGAGUGGCAAUCGGAAACCCAUGGAGGCACCCGAACAUGAUGGUAAAGACAAUCGUGCUGGCCUUUCGCAACCCAAUUCUCACAUUCCCCCCUUACCCAAAAAUGCUGAAAAAACGAAAGAGCUCGAGGCCUUGGAUUGGCUUUUGGGGCUCUUCAACAAACUUGCCUCUGGAUAUUUCUCAUUGAGUCGUUACAAGUGCGCCGAUGCCAUUAGCUCUUUCAAUUCUCUCUCUCAGGGGCAGCGUGAAACCCCUUGGGUUCUUUCUCAGCUUGGACGGGCCCAUUUCGAACAAGCAAGCUACGCAGAAGCUGCCAAGUACUUUUCUAGGGUUCAAAAAUUAGCUCCCUCUCGCUUAGAGGACAUGGAGAUCUAUUCGACUGUCUUAUGGCAUCUGAAAAGCGAUGUUGAAUUGGCUUAUCUGGCGCACCAGCUGCUCGAAGCCGAUCGCCUUUCCCCCAGGCGUGGUGUGCCAUUGGAAACUCUUUCUCUCACCAACGCACUCAAGUGCUUCAAACGUGCCACUAUGAUAGACCCUGAGUUCGCAUAUGCUUUCACGCUACAGGGACAUGAAUAUGUUGCCAAUGAAGAAUACGACAAGGCAUUGGAAGCCUACCGCCACGGCAUCAAUGCGGACAACCGACACUACAAUGCAUGGUACGGACUGGGGACCGUAUAUGAUAAAAUGGGCAAACUUGACUUCGCUGAGCAACAUUUCCGUAAUGCAGCCAGCAUCAACCCGACGAAUGCGGUACUUAUUUGCUGCAUCGGUCUGGUUUUGGAGAAAAUGAACAAUCCCCAGGAUGCCUUGAUCCAUUAUAGCCGAGCCUCCUCAUUGGCCCCCAACUCGGUGCUGGCCAAGUUCCGCAAGGCACGUGUCCUGAUGAAGCUGCGUGAAUACAAGUUUGCUUUAGCCGAAUUGAAGGUUUUGAAGGAUAUGGCGCCAGACGAGGCAAACGUGCACUAUCUUCUGGGAAAGCUGUACAAAAUGCUCCACGACAAGGCCAAUGCUAUCAAGCAUUUCACAGCGGCCUUGAACUUAGACCCUAAGGCUGCACAAUACAUCAAGGACGCGAUGGAGUCGUUGGACGACGAUGAUAUGGACGAUGAGGACAUAGCUUAG